GAAGAAGAAGCAGAAAGCAAACAUGGCGGAUGGAAGCAGCUCGGGGUCAUGAGCAGACCUGAACAGACCGGAUCGACCAGAACCGUCUGCAGGAGCGAACAGGAAACUCUUUUCUGUCAGACGCCACCGAGAGAAAGUGUGUGUGUGACGAGCAGGAGGCUGAAGAUCAGCUGACGGACGCUGCAUGAUCAGACGGAAACAGCUGAACAGAUUUCCAUCAAACUUGGAUGGAGGACGGGUCUCAGCUCAGAAUAGAUCAACUGUGACAGUUCCCUCCGCGGGCCUGAGUACGGAAGCCUGUGAGAGUCAGUUCUCCAGCAUGCUGCAGCUGUGUAAAGUCACCAGGUCUCUUUUCAUCAGCAACGCUCGGUCAGCCUGCAGCGACGAGCUCAUCCAGCAGGAGGCGGUGACGCUCUGCAUCAACGUGUCCAAGCAGCAGCCGUUUCCCUCCGCCGGCGUCAAGAAGCUGCAGAUCCCCGUCUACGACGACCCCGCCGAGGACCUCUACAGCCACUUCGACCGCUGCGCCGACGCCAUCCAGAAGGAGGAGAACCGCGGAGGGCGCAGCGUCGUUUACUGCAAGAACGGACGCAGCCGCUCCGCCACCGUCUGCAUCGCCUACCUGAUGAAACACCGCAAACUGACGCUGACAGACGCUCUGCAGAAAGUGAAGACGGCUCGUCAUGUGAUCGAUCCGAACCCCGGCUUCAUGUCUCAGCUGCAGAAGUACGAACAGGAGCUGAAGAAGAGACGAAGAGAGACAGACUGACAGACCGACUGACAGCAGGACGUCGUCUGAUCGUCUGUCCUGAGCAUGUUGGUCUCUGUCCACCUUCACACCUUCACUCUGUUCCUGUGACUGAACUCAGCUGGAUCUAAACUCAGUUUUUCUGAUCUUUAAUUAUCUUUCAUUUCUUUUUUGACUGUGUUUCUGAAUUAGCGACACUGAAUUUGGGUCUUAAAUGUUGGAACCUCAGCAGACAUGAAGGUCCGAGUGCUUCAUUUCACUUCUUUUGAAAAGAUUGACAAAUGAAACAUCAUGUAAUCAAUUACUUUAUUGAUCCCACAGGGAGUUUCCAGUGUUGCAGCAGCUGCUUCACAUAAAACAGAACAAAUAGAAGCUGGCACAAAUAAAAAGUAGAAGUUAGUGAAGUAACAACGGUAAACUUCAUGAAAUAUAGCAAUAAAAUCCAGAGCAGAGAAACGUUAGUGCUGAGUGUAAUUUGUAAGAUAUGUUUAUUGAUUAAUGCAGGACAAUAAUACUCAUAACUUUAACUUACAAAGUGCUUAAACAAAAAAACAAAGUGUUCUGUGAGAUGUACAGCGAGUUCGUGUUUUUAUCUGACGUCUAGUAGAAAACAGUCGUUAACUGAACAGAUGCUGAGGCUCAAAAACUGUGACAGGAACUUUGUCCUUUGUGAAUCAGGACUUCGUAGGUCAGACAUGGAGCUUAAAUAAAAUAUAUCGAACUCAUCAGAGAAACAGUUUUAAUCAAUUAUCAGUUUAACUUUCCCACAUUAACGGGUGACGAGGCUGAAAUAACUCAAACAAUCAAGAUAUUUAAUCAGCGUUUUCAGAUCUGAAGUGGAAACAAUCACGAACUGCAACAUUACUGAAUUUGUGUGGAUUCAGUCCUCAGGUGUCCAUGUUAUUUUAACCUCCUUCCACCUUCUGCCUCUAGAUGGAAGCAUUUCCAUAUAAGAUAUCAGAGUUUUUUAAUCCCAGCGCAGGUUUGAUGAAUCUGAACAUUGAUCUAAUCUGAAGCAUGAAAAGUCUUAAUAAAGUGACUCUCAGGACUCACAAAUUAUAAAUCAUAAAUCAAAAAAACAGUUUCUGCAGGUUCAAUGUUGACCUCAGAAACAGUUGUACGAUUCUUUUAUUUAAUAUUAAACCAUUUAAUAAAUCAAAUAUAAGGUCUCCAUUAAGAAAAUGAAGCAGAUUAAAGGAUUUUUGUGUUUUAGUUCACUUUUUAUUCCUAUUCUUAUGUAAAGCACAAAAAUGGGUUUCACGUUCGUUUCCUGCAAGAGUGAUUAAAAAAAGUGCAGGAAUGCACAAAAUAUAGUUUGUAAAAUGUGAGUUCAACAGAACAAACAAACAGAAUGUCAAAUAACAUGACACACAUUUUACUUACUGAACAGAAGAAUACAACCGUAAAACACGCUUCAUUCAAACUGAUGUUUUCUAGACUUUGAACUGAGAGCUGCUGUAAAUCACCUCUGUACUGUAUCGCCUGCGCCGACUCCUGAGCCUUCAGUUUGUUUAGAGGAGCAGAAAACAUCUGAUUGACCAGCUGUUCAGUCAGAGGUUCCACUUGUACAGUAUGUCGUUAUAUAAGUUUUUAAUUCAACAUAUGACAUGAUUAAUAGUUGAACAAGCCAUCUAAUGUCUUAAACUGCACUCAAUUUAGACUUAAUCUCAGGUUAAAAAUAGUCAGAAACACAUAAUUCUACAGUUUAUAUGCAGUAAACAUGAGACUUUAGCGUUUGAUCGUCGCUGUAGGAAAUAAAUCUGCUGCUGGUUGAAUAUUCAGUGUUUUCUGUUGAUACUGUGAAAAAUGUCGACCCGGAUCAGAACCGAUGGUAUUUAUCUGUCCAGUGAUUGGAUGUCGAUGCACUGUGUGUGUUUGUGGAUCUCAGGUGUGACUUCUGUUUUUUGCGGUGCUGCCAUUUAGAAUUAAAAGCAAUAAUGUGAAGUAGAUGUCACUGUAAAACACAUCAGACCUCAAUAUAAAUGUCUCAGUGAGUCUGAGCAGCUGCUCUGGUGUCAGUUUUACAUCUUAAUAAAGUGUUCAGUAUUCA